AUGCCAGAAUUCCAGUUCCAGUCCGUGGCGAUCGCCGUCAUCGCCGUCGUGUUCUUCCUCGUCCGCUACCUCAAUCAGACCGACAUUCCCAAGAUCAAGAACCUACCCGAGGUCCCAGGGGUUCCCAUCUUUGGCAAUCUCAUCCAGCUGGGCGACGAGCAUGCGCGGAGGGCGCGAGAAUGGGUCAAGAAAUACGGACCGGUGUUUCAGGUCCGACUGGGCAAUAAGAGAGUCGUCUUCGUGAACACGUUCGACUCGGUGAAGCACUUCUGGAUCACCCACCAGUCCAGCCUCAUCUCGCGGCCGACCCUGCAUACUUUCCACACCGUCGUGUCCAGCUCGCAGGGCUUCACCAUCGGGACGUCGCCGUGGGACGAGUCGUGCAAGAGACGCCGCAAGGCGGCCGCGACGGCGCUCAACAGGCCGGCCGUGCAGUCGUACAUGCCCAUCAUCGACCUCGAAUCGAACGCGAGCAUCAAGGAGAUUCUCCGCGACAGCCGGGACGGCACCGUCGAUAUCGAUCCCAACCCGUACUUCCAGAAGUUCGCGCUGAACACCAGCUUGACGCUCAACUACGGCAUCCGCAUCGAGGGCAACAUCGACGACAAGAUGCUGCGCGAGAUCGUCCUCGUCGAACGCGAGGUCAGCAAUCUGCGCAGCACCAGCAACAACUGGCAGGACUACGUCCCUUUGCUGCGGCUCUGGCCGAGUCGGGACGCGCAGGCCAAAAUGUGGCGGGAGAGACGGGACAAGUAUCUGUCGGAGUUGCUGGAUAUGCUGAAGGCGCAGAUCGCCCAGGGCACGGACAAGCCCUGUAUUACGGGGAACAUCUUGAAGGAUCCGGAGGCGAAGCUCAAUGAGGCCGAAGUCAAAUCCAUCUGCUUGACCAUGGUCUCGGCCGGAAUCGACACCGUCCCCGGCAAUCUGAUCAUGGGAAUCGCCUACCUCGCCUCGCCGCACGGCCAGGAGAUCCAGAAGCGGGCCUACGACGAGAUCUGGAAGGUGUACCCGGACGGAGACGCCUGGGAGAAGUGUCUUCUGGAGGAAAAGGUGCCGUACAUCACCGCGCUGGUGAAGGAGGUCCUCCGAUACUGGACGGUGAUACCCAUCUGUCUGCCUCGGGUCAGCGUCAAGGACAUUCCGUGGCAGGAUGCGGUCAUUCCGGCGGGCACGACGUUUUUUAUGAACGCCUACGCAGCCGACUACGACGAAACGCACUUCAAAGACCCCUUCACCUUCAAUCCCGACCGAUACCUGGACGUAGCCGACGGGUCAGGCACGCCUCAUUACGGCUAUGGCGCCGGCAGCCGCAUGUGCGUGGGCUCGCACCUGGCCAACCGCGAGCUGUACACGGCGUUUCUGCGGCUCAUCUGCGCGUUCGAGAUGGUGCCGGCUCAGGAUCCGGUCGACCAGCCGAUCCUGGACGCGCUUGACUGCAACGCCACCAAGACGAGCCUGACGCUGGAUCCGAAGCCGUUCAAGGUCGGGUUUCGGGACAAAUACAAGACAACAAGACAGAUAUAUUAUUUUGAGAAAUCAGAUAGAAAUAUCAUCAGACAAGGUUUCUCGGACUGGAAUAUAGAUUUCUUGAUAGGUACAGCAUAUAGAAGGGAAGUAUCCUCCCCACCCUAUGCAAACAGCCGUGUCUGGGGUGCAGGACAGGACAGGGCACAGACCUGUCGCACUCUGUUUCACUCCGUUUGCAGAUCUUCCCACGAGGCUGCUGCGAUGAUCAUUCGGAGAAUAUCCUGGCUGUGCCUUGACGUUGAAGUCCUAUCUAGAGAUUCUUAUCUUGAUCUUCCCUUUUUACUGCGGCAGUGGCGGCCGCCAACUCGUGCUUUGAUGCUUAUUCUAUGCUAUCGCUUUGGGGGCGGAGCCAAGGCGCACAGCCCUUGCUUGGCAGCAAACAGGAUAAAUUCCUCCAGCUUAGUAUUAUGUCUCACUCACAACGUGGGCUGCCCCACUGGGGUCUUCCACCGGGCGAGAUCGGCACAAAGAAUGGCCCUGCGAGUCAUUUAUGAAUCUCCUCUGUACUGUGCAAGGAAUACUCCUCAGUCAGCGCACCUUGCAGUCGCAGAAACGGCAGUUGUUUGUACUGUACCUGGUGUAUACAGUCUGUGCUCUGGAGGGGGUUUCGCAAAAUCGAGCCGUGUCCCACUCAUGCAUCUCCCCGAUGGAGAUCACCAAGGCUGCCAGUCUGCCACAUGGCAGCAACGUGCGAGCAAGGGAGCGACCCUAGUGAUCCUUCCGGCUGCAAGGUCUAGUCGAACGGAUCUCGUUUUUCCCGAUGACUAUGCCGGUGCUGAUUCAACCCCAGAGUCACCGACUCACAGACUCACAGCAAACCGGUCACCGACUGGCCUUUCUUUUGACCUGACUGCCUCUGCCAUCAAGUCAAAAAUGGAACAAGCCGCUUUGUACGGCAAGCCCGUGCUCGUCUCGACCGGGAUCAUCUUUUCGAUCCUGCCCACCAUCGUGGUUGCACUUCGCUUCUUUGCCCGCAGAGUCGGCGGAACAAAUCUAGGUCCUGAUGACUGGAUCAUGAUCCCAGCUCUGCUUAUCUGCAUCGCCAUGGGAGUCAUUCAGAUCAUCGGUGCUCGGCACCCUCGAGCUGGGGGUGAUCAAGGCCUCGAUCCUGCUCUUUUACCGCCGACUCUUCACGCUGCGGAAGCAUCUCAUCAUCAACAACGUCGUCUUCGCCGUCGUGGUCGCCUGGGGCGUCGCCUUCACACUCGUCAUCGUGUUCCAGUGCCUCCCCGUGUCGACCAUCUGGACCCAGUUCGAGAUCGACUACACGCCGUACUGCAUCAACCAGCAGGCCGCGUACAUGGGGCUCGCCGUGUCCGAUCUCAUCCUGGACCUGCUGAUUUUUGCACUCCCGGUGCCGGUGGUCAUCCAGCUGCGACUGCCGCUGCGGCAGAAGUUUGCGGUGGGGGGCAUUUUCCUGCUGGGCUCGGUCGUCGUGGCCGCCGGGAUUACGCGCGUGGUCGUUUUCGCGCAAACUUCACUGCCGAUACACUGUUCUGGACACUGCUCGAGAACUCUAUCGGCAUCAUCGGCGCAUGUCUGCCGGCCCUGCGGCCGCUGUUUGUCAGCAUGCCCUCGAAACCAUCCUCGUGGGCGACGCCAUCGUACAACCGCACGCCUCGGGCGAAGAACCCUCUGUCGUCGACGGCGUCGUCGCGGCCCCCCCAAAUUGAGCGGCGCAGCUCGGACGACGACGGGUCCUUGUCGGCCCUGCGCGACAGGGCGUUCAGGCCGGCGGGCCAUGCGAUUGUGAGCGAGGCGCGGGCAGAGGUGGUCAGUCUGCAGGACAUUCCGGCGAACGGGAUCCGGGUGAAGAACGAUUUUCACAGCGAGGUAGCAUAG